AUGGACUCAGCCAAUCCUUUGGAGGCUGUGACGCUCGCGGCCUUGAGGGAAAACCUCACUAAGGACCCAAAGCUGGUGGAAUUGAAGCGACGACUUGCUCUGGCUAGGGUGAGACGUGAGGUGAGCAAAUUCCGCGCUGAGGAGAUAGCGCUUCACGAAUCAAUGCCACGCUCUGUGGCUAAGGUCAUGGAGGGCAAGGCCAUCCUUGCCCUUGAGGCUUUGUUGCAGGCGGAGGGAUAUGACGACUUGGGAGCUAUCACCUUCCUUAAGGAGGGGGUACCUUUGGUGGGGGUCUCAGAGUGCCCUCCGUGCUUCGACUGCAAGCUUGUGCCCGCGGCUCUGACUGAAGCCGAACUCUUCCAGACUGCCCAGGUCAGACGGGAGGCGCUUUUGAGCAAGUCCGAGCCGAUUGAUGCUGAGGAGGCAAGAGUCUUGGCGGAGGCAUCUCAAGAGGAGGUGUCGCUUGGCUUCCUUGAGGGGCCGUUUUACAGCAGGGACGAAGUCUCGUCCCGACUUGAGACAGAGAGCUGGACGGUGAUACGCCGCUUCGUCAUUUUUCAGGGCGCUGAGGGCAAAGCGCGCCCAAUCGACAACUGCCUCGAAGCCCAACUUAACUCGGGGUAUACAUCUAGCAUCCACUUGCGUUUACAAGACGGAGACUACCUGGCCGCCAUGGCCCUGUUCGUUGCCCGCGAAAUCACCGGGGGCAGGGCGCACCCCGAGGCGCAGGAGUGGCGCGGAAAGUGUCUUGAUCUGAGCAAAGCGUAUAAACAACUUGCAGUUCUUCCAGCCCACCGGCCUCUGGCAGUCAUAGCAGUGCGGCAGGAGGAUGGCCGUGACGCCCUGUACUUGUCAAACAGCUUGCUUUUUGGCAGUACCGCCGCAGUAUAUGCCUUUAACCGGGUGAGUCGCUGCUUGUGGUUCUUGAUCAAUCGACUGCUCUGGAUACCUUCCGGAGUGUACUUUGACGACUACCCCCUGUUGUGUCCGGCGGCCACAGCCGAGAGUGCGGACUCGGUUGUGAGCGACUUCCUGGAUUGCCUGGGGUGGCGUCACGCCAAAACUGGUGUGAAAGGCCGUGCGUUUGCUCCAAGCAGGGCAGCCCAAGGAGAGGUGAGCCUUGCUAACAAGCAGGGCCGAAUUGAGCGCAUUGUCGGCCAGCUUAAGGAGGUAGGCUCUAAGGGUGAGAUUAGUAGGCAGCUUGCCCAGGUCCUGCAGGGUUUGUUGCAAUGCGCUUCUGGCUUCUACGCUGGCAGGGCUUUGAAACACGCCUCGCAUGUGCUGUCGCGUAUUGUGGGUGGCCUGCACUUCAGCCCCCCUGACCUUAGGGACUUUUGCCAUCAUACCAUACGCCUUUUGCAGGACGAGACCCCGCGAGUUUUGAAGUGCUUCAUGACAACCGAUGUCCUCCACCUUUGGACAGACGGCUCCUGGGAGUCAGGGGUAGCGGGCGUUGGACUUGCUGCUCACGACUGUUUCUCCGGUUCAGGUUGGGUCUUAGAGGGCCGAGUCCCGUCCGGGAUCGGCGGGGAUCAGUUAAUUUGCGUAAUCGAGAUGUUCGCGAUUCUUGCAUCCAUGAUGGAAUUGAGUUCCAUCCUGGAGUCCCGAGGAGUAGUGUGGUGGGUGGACAACAACGCCACCCGCGGCCUCGUGAUAAAAGGGGCCAGCAGAAGCUGGGCUAUGCAUACUCUUGCCCGAAUCUUCUCCCAGUUGGACCAGAAGCACCCAUCCAUGUGGUGGGUAUCACGAGUGCCUUCCUUUUCCAACCCAGGUGAUGCGCCAUCGCGAGGUCACGGCAUCGAGGUCGUGACGAUGGUGGGAGCAUCUGAAGUCCAACCCUUCACCCGCUUGGAGGAGCUGGCGAAGAGGAUCCUUGAGCUCAAGCGAGCCUGA